CCUUUUCCUGAAACGGCUGAAUAGCUCGGUAAAUGCUCUGGGAGCGCAAUGAAGCGCGGAGUUACUCCAGAGGAGCUCCAUUGAGCAGCAGAAGGCGUGGCUGACAUCAGCCUGACUUGAAGCUCCGCGUGUCUUUCCUUUGUCUGCAGUACUGCAAGGGUUAAACCCAGAAAGCCGUUUGCUAGAGAGGCCGAGCAAGGAGAGGGGGCGGAGGAAAGGAAAAGCUGGGGGAGGGGGUCGCUUCUGAGUGGGGAAAGAGAACAGGAAAGGCUGCAGAUGUGCAACCGCUGGAAGAAGCCGUGCAGCCGGACCCCAAGAAGAUGGACUUGGAAUCUCUCUCCUGCCAGGGAGAAGUCUCUCUUCAUAGCCAAGUGAAUGCAGGCAUCUUUUCACAGUCUGAGGUGAUCCUAGAGAAGGGGAAGGAGAUAAAAGAAGAGGGCCCAGGAGGAGGACCUGGGACUGGCGAGGCAGCAAGCAAAGACCCCCAUCCCAUCCAAACUGGGAAUGGCAUUGAAUUCUGGGAAAGAGCUGGGCCAGAGAUCCUGGCUCAGGACACCAUAACCUCAGAUGUCAAUUGCCAACACUUCCGGCUGUUCCGCUACCAUGAGGCUGAUGGGCCCCGAGAGGUUUGCAGCCAGCUCCAUGGACUUUGCAACCAGUGGCUGAAACCGGGGGAGCACAGCAAGAAGCAGAUGGUGGACCUGGUGAUCCUGGAGCAGUUCCUGACUCUCCUGCCCCAAGAAAUGCAGAGCUGGGUCAGAGGAUGUGGGCCGGAGACCAGUUCCCAGGCGGUGGCCUUGGCGGAAGGUUUCCUCCUGAGUCAGGCAGAGGAGAAGAGGCAGGCUGAACAGAUGUUGGGACCAUCUGUGAAGACAGAAGCUAUAAUCCCUGAAGUGGAAGCAGCUCCUUCUGAGGAAGGGCAGAGGGCGCAGGCCAUGGAGCAUGCCCAAGAUAGCCUCUCUUGUGCCACAGGCAGUGAAGAGAUGCUGUUGAGCUAUCAUCUUUUCAGAGGUGUGGGAAUGGCUGCUGCCCCUCCAAUCCAGGGUCCCUUUUCCUUUCAGGAGGUGUCCGUCUAUUUCACGGAGGCAGAAUGGGCCCUGCUGGAUCCGGGACAAAGAGCUCUGUACAGGGAAGUCAUGCUGGAGAACUAUGGGAAUGUGGCUUUUCUAGCAGAGGAUGUUCAAAGGAAGGAGGAGGGUGAGGAACUUCAUCAGCAAAUGGCAGACAGAGUUAAAAAUGAAGACUUGAAAGAAAACAUCAGGAAUCGAGACCGAGCAAAGAGAAAGACAGGCAGCCAUGCGGUUGAGAAGCGAGAUGGAAGAAAGCAUAAUAUACAUAUUUCAAAGCACAGGAUAAUGAAGGGAAGUAAAUCCAUACCUUGUAGAACGUACUUCAGAAAGAGACCACAGCUCCCCUUUCACCAAAGAACGCACCCAGGGGAGAAACCUUACGAAUGCUCAGAGUGUGGAAAGAGAUUCAGUCAUAGUAGCACUCUUCAACUGCACCAAAAUACCCACACAGAUGAGAAGCCUUUUGAAUGUUUAGAGUGCGGAAAGGGAUUCAGUCAUAGUAGUGCUCUUCAACUGCACCAAAAUACCCAUACAGAGAAGCUUUUUGAAUGUUCAGAGUGUGGAAAGAAAUUCAGUCAUAGUAGCACUCUUCAACUGCACCGAAAUACCCAUACAGAGGAGAAGCCUUUUGAAUGUUUAGAGUGUGGAAAGAGAUUCAGUCAUAGUAGCACUCUUCAACUGCACCAAAAUACUCAUAUAGAUGAGAAGCCUUUUGAGUGUUUAGAGGAUGGCAAGAGAUUCAGUCAUAGUGGCACUCUUCAACAGUACCAAAGUACCCAUACAGAUGAGAAGCCUUUUGAAUGUUCAGAGUGUGGAAAGAGAUUCAGUCAUAGUAGCCAUCUAGAACACCAUCAGAGAGCCCACACAGGGGAAAAACCUUUUGAAUGCUCAGAGUGUGGAAAGAGAUUCAGUCAGAGUGGCACCCUUCAAUGCCACCAAAGAACCCAUACAGGGGAGAAACCUUUUGAAUGCUCAGAGUGUGGAAAGAGAUUCAGUCAGAGAGGUCAUCUCCAGCAACAUCAGAGAAGCCACACUGGGGAGAAACCUUUUGAAUGUUCAGAAUGUGGGAAAAGAUUCAGUCAGAGUUACCAUCUUCAACAGCAUCAGAGAAUCCACACAGGUGAGAAACCUUUUGAAUGCUCAGAGUGUGGAAAGAGAUUCGGUCAGAGGGGCCAUUUGCAGCAGCAUCAGAGAAGCCACACUGGGGAGAAACCUUUUGAAUGUUCAGAAUGUGGAAAGAGAUUCAGUCAGAGUUACCAUCUUCAGCAGCAUCAGAAAACCCACACUGACGAGAAUCCUUUUGAAUGUUCAGAGUGUGGAAAGAGAUUCAGGUUUAGUAGCGCUCUUCAAAUACAUCAGAGAACUCACACAGGAGAGAAACCUUUUGAAUGCCCUCUGUGUGGAAAGCGAUUCAGUGAGAGGGGGUCUCUUCAAAAGCAUCAGAGAACUCACACAGGGGAGAAACCUUUUGAAUGUUCACUGUGUGGAAAGAAAUUCAGCUUUAAUGGUGAUCUUCGACAGCAUCAGGGAACCCACACAGGGGAAAAACCUUUUGAAUGCUCAGAGUGUGGAAAGAGAUUUAGGUUAAGUAGCCAUCUUCGACAGCAUCAGAGAACUCACACAGGGGAGAAACCUUUUGAAUGCUUGGAGUGUGGAAAGAGAUUCCGUCAGAGUUUCAAUCUUCAGAAGCACCAAAUAACCCACACAGGGGAGAAACCUUUUGAAUGUUCAGAGUGUGGAAAGAGAUUCAGGUUUAAUGGCCAUCUUCAGCAGCAUCAGAGAACUCACACUGGGGUGAAACCUUUUGAAUGUUCAGUGUGUGAAAAGAGAUUUAGUGAGAGGGGGACUCUUCAAAAGCAUCAGAGAAUCCACACAGGAGAGAAACCUUUUGAAUGUUCAGUGUGUGAAAAGAAAUUCAGUGAAAGGAGGACUCUUCAAAAGCAUCAGAGAAUCCACACAGGAGAGAAACCUUUUGAAUGAUCAGCAUGUGGAGUGAGAUCCAAUCAGAGAGUCUGUCUACAGCAGCAUCAGACAACUCACUCGGGAGAAACCUUUUGAAUGCUCAAGAGUGUGGAAAAAGAUUCGGUUCAAGGUGGAAUCUUCAACACGCAGCCGAGAAACCUGUCAUGGACCAGUUAAGUUCAGCAGAGCAGAGAGACGCUGAGGACUCCUCUGAGGAAGAGGAUGUCUGUAUACCUGAACCAAACCUACUGCCCUUACCAAAGUUACCAUAAAAGGAGACAGCCUCUAAGGGUCCAGCUAUAGAUCAUCAGCCACAAAACAGCAUACUGUCCCCUCAGCUUCCCAGCCCUAGGCUGGCAGCAGAGAGCCAGUUUACUUCCCUCAUCACCAGAGUCUCAGGAAGAUUAGGAGAGAAUUUCAAAUCAGAUAGUGUAGUGCCCAUCCACAGCACCAAUCCAAAACCAAUAGUCAGGAUGAGUGCUUACAGGAGCAGGAUUGAGGCAACCAGCAGGUGUACAUUACAAUACAGGUGAUUUAGCAGUGUGGGGCUUUAUAGUAAUAGACAAGGGAGUAGCUGUGUGGAAGCAACUAGCUACUAACGUUGCUUCCUGUUUCUAGAUUGAGCUUUUCAUGUAUAACCUUGGCCUGUACCUUAGAAACCUUGUUCUUGGAUUUAUCUUUGGACUGGAAGCUGAGAAUGUUGUCUAACUGGUGCCAGAACCUUGGAACUGUAUUUUAAUCUAUUCUGGCAUCUGGAGAAUACCUCUGUGUGUUUACUAUGCAUCUGCAAUCAGGACAAAACCCUUUGUAUGCUCAGUGUGUGAAAGAUAUUCAGAGCAGCAGUCUUCACAGCACUGAAGUACAUGCACAGGGGAGAAACCUUUCGAAUGUUCAAAGUGAGAAGAGGGAUCUUCAAUAGCAUCAAAGAAUCCACACAUGGAAGGAUUGUUUUGAAUGCUCAGAGUGUUUGAAUGCUUCCCAUAUGUUCUUAUGUUCCUGCUCUGACCCCCGCCAGCCCCCCCGCCCAGCUCCAUGAGCCGGAAAUGACCUGGACCCCAGACUUAAUCUGACUCCUCCUUGGAGAUUGUGCCUUUAUGCAGCAGGCUGUGAAAUUUCAUCUCACUACUUUAAUUUGAAAAGGUUGCCAUUAGGGUUCCCAAUAGGCCUGAAGGGGGGGAAAUCCUGCCUCUUUCCCUGAGACUUAUAGAAAUGGGCAUCUGAAGAGAUAAAUAACAUCCCAUAAUGCCUCUCUUAAAGGAAGAGAAUGCUUUUUUACACCAGGCAAUUGGAUACCCUAGAUUAAAUAUUUCUUUAUGAAUCAAGAGAAACAACGCAGCUAGGGAAGAAUCAUAGCUCAUUAAAGAGGUUAUUAUUGGUAUCACAUAAAUCAGAUUUUGGGUUUUCUGGGCUUAGUUCUUAUGAGUUGGGCUUCAUUAAAUGUGUCAAAGGCAAGUGUGGCAUGUCUUUUUUUUCAACUGUGUACCAAGUUGUAAAUAAAUCCUCUUGCAAAUGCU